AUGCCACCACCAGGAAUACGAUGGCGAUCGCACCCAUUGUUCAUAGUCUUCACUGUGGGAAUGGGUGCGUUCGUGGACCUUUUCUUGUACGGGCUCAUUGUGCCAGUACUGCCGUUCCUGUUGAAAGACCGCAUCGAUCUACCUGACUCUCAGAUCCAAAGCACGAUAUCAAACCUUCUAGCAGUCUAUGCAGCAGCUUCCUGCAUAUCUUCACCCAUCGCAGGCUUCCUAGCUGACAGGUUGUUUUCGUCUCGAAAGCUACCUUUCCUCCUCGGGUUAAUCCUAUGUCUACUUUCGACCAUUCUUCUCGCUCUCGGGCGUAGCGUCGCCGUUCUGGCCAUUGCACGAUUCCUCCAGGGAGCAUCGGGAGGUGUGGUGUGGACUAUCGGCCUCGCUAUCUUGGUUGAGACCGUAGGCCGCGAAAACUUGGGCAAGACUAUGGGAACUAUAUUCAGCUUCAUAUCAGUUUCCACCCUAGUCGCACCUAUUGUCGGCGGUUCAUUGUACGCGAAGACUGGAUACAUAGGUGUCUUUGGCGUGGCCAUAGGGUUGAUUGGCAUAGACUUCAUUUUGAGAUUGCUCAUGGUGGAAAAGAAGGUGGCUGAGAAAUACUCUACUCCCGAGACACAUGCCUCUGAACCAGAUAGGAGCAACGAACAACAAGACACGGAACAAACCCCGCUUCUACCAAAUGGUCCUUCUACGCUCGAUCGCUACCGUCUCUCCAAACCAUCGAAUCGCUUCACUCGCAAUCUUCCCAUCCUCAUGCUGUUUCGCCAUCCAGGUCUGCUAACCUCCGUAUGGAUUGGAUUUGUGCAAGCUCUUCUUCUUGGUUCUUUCGACGCUACCGUGCCGUUGGUAGCGUCGGGGCAACUAGGUUUUGACAGUCUCAAAGCUGGAUUGCUCUUCCUACCACUGGGCGGUGCGGAUUUCCUGCUGGGUCCAGUCUUUGGCUGGUGUGUCGACAACUAUGGCACGAAGCCGGUAUCAGUCUUUGGAUUCAUUUGGCUGAUACCAACGCUUGUAUUACUCCGACUUCCGACUGAGUCGAGUAUCAUCGAGAGAUUAGACAACGGUCACAUCAUCGCACUCUAUUCUGCAUUGCUAGCGAUGAACGGACUCGGUCUGGCGGUUAUCAACAGUCCUAGCAUUGUCGAAUCUGGAACUAUCGUGGAGAAUUACUACAAGGCGAAUGAAGACAUGUUCGAGCAGGCUCCUUUCGCCCAACUCUACGGCAUCAACAGUAUGGUGUGGAGCGGUGGGCUGACUGUAGGCCCACUGCUGGCUGGGUAUCUACGAGACAAGAUUGGAUACGGCAACAUGAACGCCGUUCUUGCUGGCAUUUGCGCCUUCACAGCAGUUUUGGCGGCAUUGUUCAUUGGUGGCAGAGAGAAGGAUCAGGACGCGUCUAACGAGAAUGCAGACUAA